GGGGCGGAUGUAGGCGGAUAUUGUCGCCUCUAUUCUCUAGCGCUGCUGGUUUCGUUAGAAGGGAGACAUGAGAUCGGGGAGCGGCGGGGUGAGCGGCGCCUGACCCCGGGAAGAACCGCUUUACAGUCUAAACACACUUUUUUUGGAGAGCUGAUUGAUUACACGUAGGCCUCAGUCUUUCCAUCACCAUGAAUGAAGUAAUGGUGGUAAAGGAAGGCUGGCUGCAAAAAAGAGGUGAAUAUAUAAAGACCUGGAGACCCAGGUACUUCCUUUUGAAGAGUGAUGGCUCCUUCAUCGGCUAUAAGGAAAAGCCAGAUUCCUCAGAACACAGUGUAUCUAUGCCACCUCUUAACAACUUCUCUGUGGGAGAAUGCCAGCUCAUGAAGACAGAGCGUCCCCGACCCAAUACCUUUGUGAUACGAUGCUUACAGUGGACGACGGUUAUUGAGCGCACUUUUCAUGUCGAGACGCCAGAGGAGAGGGAAGAAUGGAUGCGAGCAAUCCAAACUGUUGCCAAUAGCUUAAAGAACCGAGAUUCUGAACUACAGCAGGAGGAGGACCCAAUGGACUUCAAUUAUAGCUCUGUUGGUGAUGCAACCAGCACAGAAGAGAUGGAUGUGGCAAUAUCGAAGGGGUGCUCCAAAGCAACCAUGAAUGAUUUUGACUAUCUCAAGCUGUUGGGGAAAGGAACAUUUGGAAAAGUGAUCCUGGUACGGGAGAAGGCAACUGGUCGCUAUUAUGCUAUGAAAAUCUUGCGCAAAGAUGUCAUCAUUGCCAAGGAUGAAGUGGCCCAUACAGUUACAGAGAGCAGAGUCUUGCAGAAUACAAGGCAUCCAUUUUUAACGGCUUUGAAAUACGCCUUUCAGACAAGUGACAGGCUCUGCUUUGUUAUGGAGUAUGCUAAUGGUGGAGAGCUGUUCUUUCACUUGUCUCGUGAACGAGUUUUCACAGAAGAGAGAGCACGAUUUUACGGUGCAGAGAUUGUGUCUGCCCUGGAAUAUCUCCACUCCAGGAACGUGGUGUACAGGGAUAUUAAGUUGGAGAACCUUAUGCUGGAUAAAGAUGGGCAUGUAAAGAUUACGGAUUUCGGACUUUGUAAAGAGGGCAUCACAGACGGCGCUACCAUGAGAACGUUUUGUGGAACCCCAGAGUAUCUGGCCCCAGAGGUGCUGGAGGACAAUGACUAUGGUCGGGCAGUCGAUUGGUGGGGCCUGGGAGUAGUCAUGUAUGAGAUGAUGUGUGGCCGGUUACCCUUCUACAAUCAGGACCAUGAGAGGCUGUUUGAACUUAUUCUCAUGGAAGAAAUCCGCUUUCCACGAACACUCAGUCCUGAAGCCAAGUCUCUGUUAAGUGGCCUACUUAAAAAGGAUCCAAAACAAAGGCUUGGAGGUGGACCCAAUGAUGCCCAAGAGGUGAAAGAUCAUCGCUUCUUUUCUUGUAUCAACUGGCAAGAUGUCGACCAGAGAAAGCUGACCCCUCCCUUCAAGCCACAAGUCACCUCUGAAAUUGACACCAGAUACUUUGAUGAUGAAUUUACAGCUCAGUCCAUAACAAUAACACCUCCUGACAGAUACGACAACCUGGAUGCCUUAGAACCUGACCAGCGCACUCACUUUCCUCAGUUCUCAUACUCAGCCAGCAUUCGGGAGUAGGCAUACGACGCCAAGGGACACACCAGGCAAAGAGACUUUCUACUGAAAGAUGUGCAGAAGAUCCCUGUCCCUUUCUGAAGUGGGGCAGGAACUCUAUAUUUGUUCUACCGUCCCCGAAAACCUAAUUAAAAGACUACGUAAUUGAGCAGAAUUUACUUAGAGACAAUUUGCUAUAUAAUGCAGUCUUUCAUCGUGGAAUGAAAUUUAUGUUCAUAUCUUUUUAAAUGCCUUGUUCUGCUGGGGCAGUAACAGGAUUCUAAGCCAUAACGCUGGAAAGAAACGGGGGCAAACCAUCCUAAAAAUGCGUUGUUUUUUUUAGCGCCCUCUGCCUCUUCCAUAGGGCCCGCUCUCUCCUGAGCAUCAUCCUGUCCUCAUAACGGUACCAUGAUCUUCACGGCAGGUG